UCAGAGGCCAAAACGGAGCUCCACGUUACAUCGGAGGUUUGCAGGUUGAACAGGGGGAACACGAUGGGGGGCCUCAACUUUUACGUCCUCUGGUCUCUUCGUGACGCUCCCCGGCAGUUCAUCAGCAAAACUAACCGACGGUGCUUUCAAGUGCACAUCCCGCUGCCUCUUCCCAAGCUGCUGGUCAUCUUUGGUCUGGGGGAGUGGACAUGCAGCCAGACAAGGAUCUCUGCGGAGGUUGUGGUCAGUGCAGAAGCUCAGAAAAUUGGAACUCUGUCCUCUCAAGUAAGGUGUCUGAUCUGGGAGGGUGACUGGAGCUCUGAAAUUGCCACGGUUGCUACAGAAAGAGGCAGGAGAGGAGUUUAUGGCAAGAUUGUGCUCACAGUGUGUGAAGAGGAUAACACCAGUGUCUUCAGCAGCACCCCUCUGGUUCAAAGGAAGUGUCUGUUUCCAGAGGAGCACAAUGAGGCCGACCUGUCCAGCACACUGCAGCAAAGCGAUCACAAUGAAACGAUAACUUCCCAGUCAUCGCAGCUGGCCGAUAGUGUUUGUUAUGCCGAGAUCCAAGUGAAUAAAAUUGACACCAGUGGCUCCGCUGCAGGAAAGAAACCUCCACUCUGGCCCACGGAUAAGACCCCCAGACGUACCGUCAUUAGUAAGAGAGGCCGCCUGACGUGGAGCUCUGAGGACAUGGACAGUCUCACAGAGGACACCAAUCAGGCUUCGACCCCCAAGAAAAGGAGGCUGUCCAGGAUGAACAGCCAAGAAGAGAUGACUGUGCAGAUAAAGAACGAGAACAGAGAAGUUUCAGCGUGUCCAUCAAAGCGCUGGAGCCACACUAUGUGUCUGAGCGACGCCGAUACGGUCAUCCUGAUCGGAGGAGAAACCUCAGAUCAAAACUACUGCAAGGACUUGCUGUGGAAGCUUGAGUUAGACAGUGACUUCUGGUUCCCGAUGAACUCCUGUGCCUCUGGUCCUCUCCCACCAUGUGCCCGAGGACACUCUGCCACCUACGACCCAGAUUCUAAGGCGGUCUUUGUGUAUGGAGGCCUGAGGGAGGGUCAGCGCUACAGCGAGCUGUACAUCCUGAACACUCUGACCUGGAAGUGGAAGCUUGUCACUGCAAAAGGGAAUGUUCCAAAUCUGGCAUAUCACUCUGCGGCUUUUUACAAGAAAGAGCUUUUUGUCUUUGGUGGUGUUCAGCCGAGUUAUUCCUCUGGGGAUAAACCCUGCAGUAAUGCUCUGUACAUCUUCAACCCGGAGUUUGAACUCUGGUACCAGCCCAUUGUGGAGGGGGACAAGCCUCUGCCUCGGUUUGGGCACUCAGCCACACUCCUCUCUCAGAAGUUGGUCAUAUUUGGUGGACGGAAGACUGCAGCCUACCUAAAUGAUCUCCACAUUUUAGAUCUGGGAUUCAUGGAGUACACAGCUGUGAUGUGUGCGAACAUGCCACCACUGCCUCGAGGGUUUCAUGCAGCCCUUCCAGUUUCAGACAACAGGAUUUUAAUCAGUGGAGGCUGCAGUGCAAUCGGAGCUCUGCAGGAUCUUCAUAUCUUUAACACUGAUACCAACAUGUGGAGCUCAGUGGUGUCUCCACUGCUUUGCUCGAAGCCUCGUGCCGGACACAGCAUGUUAAAUUUGGGCUGCACCGUCCUAACAGACACUGAGAAGCAGAAACAGAGUGAAAAUGUCAAUAUUCGGUGCACAUUGCUGGUGUUUGGUGGGUCAGACUGCUCCGGUUCCUUCUACAAUGACACAGUCAAGUGCACAGUGGAGAUUCCUGAUGUCAAGUGAUCGCAUUUAAACAGCAGCAGACGAUGUGAUCUGAUGGGACAGAAAAGUGCAUUUCUCUGAAGGAGUGUUUGCUUGUUUGUUUUUCUGAUGUUUUAUUGUGAUUUUUGUUUCAUCACUCUGAUUACUUUAUUGCAUGAGUCUUAAUCAUUCAUACUUUACCCACACAUGCAACAUUGUACAAACACUGAGCUCAGUGGUUUGGUGCUUUGCAUAACAAAUCUCGGCCUGUUUUUACACAUGACUUUAUGUCCUCUUGCCCAGAUGUCACCAUGAAUUUGAGGGUCAAAUGCUGGACUCAGUAUUAAACAUGAUAUUUCAUUAUCAAAAUGCUAAUAAUAAAUAUUUUUAA